GACAUGUCUGAGGACAUAACGUGCCAGACAUCAGAGCACAUCAGUGCAAAUGGCCAUUACGCACAGCAGCUUGAUGAAUCUACAGAUGUAGCUCACCAUGCGAUUCUAAUGGUCUAUGUCAGACACGUGUGGGAUAAUAACUUCGAGGAGCAGUUCCUUUUUAGUGCUGAUUUGCCCACCACUUCCACCGCAGGGACUAUCUUUAACACAAUGGACAUGCACAUGGGCUCCGUGGGACUGGCCUGGGAUGGGUGUGUCGGUGUGACCACUGCUGCUGAUGGGGCAGCUGCCAUGAUGGGAAAGCACUCCGGGGUAGUAAAGCGGAUCCUGGAGAGAGCACAAAGUGCGACGUGGAACCACUGCUUCCUACACAGGGAGGCAUUGGCAGCGAAGGACAUGGUGCCUGAGCUCCAAGCCACUCUUCAGGAUGUAAUCAAGUGUGUCAACUAUAUCAAAAAGAGUUCCACGAAAAGCAGGUGUUUCCAGGCUUUCUGUGGGGAUAUGAGGAGCGAGUACCAGCAGGUGUUUCCAGGCCUUCUGUAGGGAUAUGAGGAGCGAGUACCAGCAGGUGUUUCCAGGCCUUCUGUAGGGAUAUGAGGAGCGAGUACCAGCAGGUGUUUCCAGGCCUUCUGUAGGGAUAUGAGGAGCGAGUACCAGCAGGUGUUUCCAGGCCUUCUGUAGGGAUAUGAGGAGCGAGUACCAGCAGGUGUUUCCAGGCCAUCUGUAGGGAUAUGAGGAGCGAGUACCAGCAGGUGUUUCCAGGCCUUCUGUAGGGAUAUGAGGAGCGAGUACCAGCAGGUGUUUCCAGGCCUUCUGUAGGGAUAUGAGGA